GAAAAAUUGAAAAUGGCGGUACGUUAUUGUUAUUGUUCGCACUAAAUGAAACAAAUUUGUCGAAUUUUUGUAUAUUUUGCGUCGCUUAGCAAUAUCUAAAUGUUAAAAUAUGUUAACAACAAUUGUGAAAUUUGCGUUUUUAUUAAUUAUUUCUGAUUUUUAAAUGUGUAUUCAGUUGAAACGAUCGGAUUAAGUGUGUCAUGCAAAUGGGGGAUUUCUAAAUCGAUAAUUUGAAGUGGGACACAUAAUGACAUCUUCUCAUAGUUGUACAACAUUUUAACUAAUUAAGACUUAAAAUGGCAGCAGAUAGUGACGGCACGUUGACAGCGGUUGUAAUUUGCGAGGGAGACUUUCAUGAUCCCGAUUUUCCUAAAAAGUUCAAGUCGCUUCUUGGGAAACUGAAUUCAAUAUUGGAGCAACCGAAACGGAAGAAAAAGUUAAUUAAAGUAAAUAAGGUGGAACCAUGGAAUAGUGUUCGGGUUACUUUAUCCAUACCCAAAGAAGCAGCGGUAAAAUUGAGACAGUUGGCGUCCGAGGGCAGUACAGCAUUGCGGGCUCUUGGGAUUUUGUCGGUGCAAUUAGAAGGUGACACUGUGAUAUCAUUGCGAUUAGUCGGGCAAGAGAUUGUGCUGCGAACAGAUAAUUGCUCGGAUGCUUCGACCGGUUUCGGUGAAUUGUCCAACAUUUUAUCGCAACAAUCACAACACACACAAUCGCCUUCAACUGUUCUGCCCACAGCGUCCGGGUCCGUCGAAUCUGACAUAUCUGCGACCAGUCUGUCAAAAACCACAACCACAUCGUCAAUAGCGAGCCUAAAAAAUGGUUCGGCCGACGAGUCGGUGAGACCGAUAUUCAAAUCACCGAAUACCGUGUGUCCGAUGGAUGGCAAACUUCCUACACCCGUGCCACCGAAUGUGAACGACUCCAGAGAGUAUCCGUUCGAAAGUAUGACGCAAGCGAGAGUAAUACACCGCCGUGAAAACACGCUCGGUCUAUCCGGAACGGUUCCGUCUACCACACAAGUUGGUAGCAAUAAUUUCGUUGUACAGCCACCGCCACCACCUUAUCCAGCCACGACGGCGAACAUUGUUUUAAAUAAAUCGCUGCCAACGGGAUCCGGGAACAUAGCCAUUUCCAGUCCGUUGUUGGUGAAUCUGUUGCAGAACGAAGCAACGAUUACGUCACAACAGCAACAGAAACAUCCGACGGCUUUAAUUAAAAGUGGACAAGAACUUGUGCUAGUUGGUGGCAGUGUUGAACUGAAUUCCAAUGCCGCGAGUGUUAUAGACAGUGGAAGUGAUCUUUUAGCAAACAAAAACGUUUCGAAUUUAAAGCAAACGAUGCCGGUGCAUCCAAUCCAUAUAAAAUCGCAAUCAUUACAAUCACAAACAUUUGUUGGUGGAGUGGCGAACAGUUUAGUUCUACCUUCAUCGCUUCACAGUGAAAGUUUACUAAGCCAACAGCAGCAGCAACAACAGACAUUAAUUCAGACAAAUAACAUGCUUAGUAGUAAUAGUAGUUCUAUAUCAAGUGCAAUUGUGUCACAGCAGCAGCCACAGUCUUUACCACAGACGACAAUGCAACAGUUAAAUCAGUCAAAAACAAUGGCAAAACUGUUAGUGUCUGGUAGUAGUAAUAGUGGAGCUACAAUGUCAGUGCCUUCUUCUUCUUCUUCUUCUUCAAAUGUAAAUACUAAAAUGCAAACACGAUUAUCGCCACAUCAGCAACAACUGAUUGCACAAAAGCAACAGCAGCAACAGCAACUGAUUCGACAUGCAAUUCCGUUAAUGCAAACACAAUCAUCAUCUUCAUCGCCGUCGUUGUCGUCUGCGUCGCCGAAUUUGCACCACAGCUCAAUUUCGUUGCAACAGAAACCGGAACCGCAAAAAUUCUCCACUCAUUCCACAGCACACAACGCACGAUUUCCGUUUCAACACCAAGUACACCAACCACCAAUGACUCCGAAUCCACACAGUGCGACGGGUGGCAUUCGAGUUAACGGUCCCACAACCACACCGUCACCGUUGACAUUCAAACCGCCGCAAACUGUUCCGACUUCGGUCACGAACCACACAGCCGAUGUGACCACCGUACAAAUGUCACACCAUCCGGCGUCCAAUAAUGCCGAAGCCGUUCAGUCGCCAUAUGGUUCCCGCUGGGCGCUGAAACCUAUGGAUUCAGCGACAAAAUCAAGCUUCCAAGAGUUUACGCGCUACCAAAUGCAAUACAAUCUUAGUCAGCAACAGCAACAGACGUGGAAGACGGACACGAUGCAGCAUCUGGCCGAUUUGGAUGAAUUGACGAAAAACGACUUAGACUCACUGUUGCCAAAUUUGCACGACGGUGACUUGGCUACAGCAUUGGACAUCGAUACGAUCAAAGCACCAUUAGACACAAUUUUAGAUACAAAAGACUUGGUGAUUGGGGGAUUGAUCGAUGGACCAUUGACGUCAUCAACAUCGGCAGCAGCUGGAGUAGCGAAAAGUAGUGGAACGAGUGAGGCUGAAACGACGGGAAAAACUAGUUCCGGUAAGGAACGGCAAUUUCUGAUCAAUCCGUUGACAGCCGAAUUAGAACCGAUGCCUUCGGAAGAAAGUGGAGACGAAGUCGAGGAGCCGGCGGUUCCAUUUGCCGAAUUCAAUUCGGAAAUAUCAAAUUCAAUCUACUCGGAUGACGAGAAUUCGUGCAGUACCGGUUUCUCGAAGACCGCUUCGGAUCGCAGUGAUAACGAACGUUCCAGUAAUUCAGAAAAUUCGUUGAAAAGUAAAGGUUCGAGCAGGCAACGCACCGAAAAGCCGAAACGUGCAAAAGUGCCGAAAGAGAAGUCGGCCGGGAAAAAUUCGCUUUUGAAGGAGAAGCUGCAACAGGGACUGAAAGAGAAACUUUACGGCAAAGGCAAAAGCACCGGCAAAAACAAAGUGAAAACGAAGGCGAUCGCCAUAGCCGAACCGUUCGAUAAUAAAGCCGCACCCGAGAAAAUCAAGCUACGCCUGAAAUUGGAAAAAUCCGAACCAGUGACAGCCGCCUAUAAAGUGGACGUGUCGUACGGAUCGUCACCGAAACGAGUCCAGUCUACGAUCACUUUACCAGCGAACAUUCAGGCGAAAAUAAUCCAACAACCGACAUCAUCGCCCACAUCGUCGUCCAUCUCGUCGCCCAGCUCCGCUCAAUCAUCGCCGGCUGGUGAAGAACUCCGAGUUCCGCCAUUACACAUUAGUUUACGGGGUAGAAAUUCCGUGGUCAUCAAGAAUUCAAAGAAAGAUCGGAAGAAAUCUCAAAGCGGCGGCGAAGAGGAUGACAGUGCAAAAAAGCUGCAGGCGAAAAACGUGACUGAAGAGGCCGACGAAACGUUGAACAAUCAUUAUCGGUUGCAAGAAGAAGAACUCUCACCCGGUGGAUCGGGCAGUGACAUUCGAAAUAAGUUGCUGGUGGGCCAGCAUUUCGGUGUACAUCAUACCAAGCCGAAGCACAAUUCGAACGAAGAGAUCGAGUCGUACGUGAACAGCUUCAUGAAAAUAGCCAAACAGCAGCAGGAGCAAAAUGGCACCACCACGCCGAAUGAAGAGAAUGAAAGUGUUGGCAUGGGCGCAUACAAAGACGGAAUAAAGCGAUCGGCGAGUGAUUUAGUGCACAGUCCGAACGGAGCACUGAGUCCCGAGAAGAAGCGUCGGCUCAGCCAUAGUUCAGUACCAUUUACACUAGCCACCUCGGACGGAUCGAAUGAACAUGUAAAUGACGACCUGAAACCGCCAACCGAGUCAAAAGAUCCGUACACAUACAUGAAGGGGCCAAUCGGUUCGACGAAUGUUGGUACUUUGCCUCAGCAUUCGUCCCUUUUAUCGACGAAAAUUCAGAAGGGCAACAACAACAACAACAACGCUCCGUUCAAUAAAUUGCAGAAAUCUGUGGCUAAGCUGAAAACUAAGACGUCUGGCACGGUGAACAAAGAUCCGGGGAAGUCGUAUGAGAGUGGAGUGAAUUUACCUGCAAAAAUGACGACGACGACUGUUGUGCCGCAGGGUAACAUGGAUGCGAUCAGUGAAGAAAAAUUUAAACAAAAACUGAUGGAACCAAACUUUGUAGCUGCCAAAACGUCAACGCAAUCGGCGUCAACCACUAGCACGAAGUUGGACUCGACCCAAUCAUCACUAGCCACUUCGAAAUCCACAACAUCGUCGUCAUCAUCAUCAUCAAAUGUAUCGGUCAAAGAAACAUCGGCACCCACCAAUUCGCAACUGGUCCAGCACAUGGACACCCAAGUGGACGAAAAGAAUUCGCCGAAAUGCGACGUCGUGGAUAUGUCUAACAUGCCGACUCAACGCGUUCGUGGCUCGCCAGGCUCUCAAGUUCAGGGCGAAGACAGUGGGAUUGAAUCGAUGGACGCGCUGUCUGAAAAGAGUCCCCAUCAAUCGUCCAGUCCGCAAGGCUUGAAACGGCCUGAGAGUCCGAAAGAUGGUAUUAGAAAGCCAACCGUAAUCAAUGUCGACGACUACACGAAUAUCGUUGACAUCGAGGCUGCCUUAGCAAAAAUGGAAGGAAUAAAUGAACUCAUUACUGCCUGUGAUACAAAGCCGGAACCGCAAAAACGGAAUGGUGAUCCGGCUAUCGUUUGUGCGACGGCGAAUAAUACGCUCGCUCAAAAUUUGGACACAACCGACAAAAUCGUACUUUGUGCCACCAGCAUAGAACAUCAAGACUUGAACAACAUCCUAAUUGACGAUACCAUUGCGAGUGUGAUCGGACCGAGCAAAGAUUUGAAUGAGAACAAAGAGUGCGACACGAAAUCUUUGUUGGACAAACAAAUGCUGGACGAUUGUUGCAACAAAGAUCCGGUGAAAUUCACUGCAAUAAAAGUGGAGGAGGAGCUCAGUAAAUGUCAGAGUGAUGCGAUUGCGAUGCAUGAACUAAGUGAACAAUUGCAGGGUGACAAAGAGAAAUGUGUUGUAAAAACGGAAGUGAUUCCCGGCCAAUCCAUCGACUCGAUAAAAAUCGAAGACGCAAUGAAAUCCAGUGAUUGUGAUAGUAUCGAUACAUCCACCGAAGCCAUUGACGACCAUUUAAAGAGCAAAGCUUCAUCGUCUCAACCAGUAAGCAGUGCUCAGCAGAACCAUGAAAAAAUCGAAGUUCUCAAUCAGUUGUCAAUUGAAAUUCCUACCGGUGACAGUACUCCACGUGUGCGAACGCGGGCCGCAAGUAAACUGGAAAGUCCGUUAGACAUCCAACGGCAAAGUCCUUCGGAAUCACCAGCCUGCAGUCUGAAGUCACUGAAAUUGUCCGUGGCCGCAAUAGAUCGUCUGAGCCCGAAAUUCGUCGGUGGCAAAGCGACAUCGAGAAAACGGCAAGGUUCGGAAAGUUCAACACAAUCGAGCGUCAGUGACGAUACACCCGGCAAGACGAAGAAAGUGCGGAAAAAUUUUCCGCUCGAAUCGACAGCCGUCACUGAUGUUGAUUCAACGUCAGGUGUCGUACCCAAAACCACUGUGAUCUUGCAUUCAAAUGCGGCGGCCAAGUCGAAUUCGAACAAACAAAUCGAUUUGAAAUUGGUUCAUGUGAAAACCGAAGAGUCCUCCGAUUCGGACGAACCGUUGAUAGAAAUUGCGGGCAAAGUGAGAAAUUCAAAAUUCUCGAAAUUGACCGACGAACGGGUGGCCCGAAUCAUGAAAAGUGGCUCGCUGACGGCAAAACAGGCUGCCCAAACGAUACAUUUGUCCAAUAAUUUGGUGACCGGCAAAGUUACACACAUGGUCGACGAUAAGGCGAGCAGCAUCAGUACUCGUCGGAGCGUUAGAAUGACAAUGGCUCAUGGUAAGGGCAUUGGAAAAUGUGCAAUUGGUGGAACGGGCGGUGAUGAAUUGAUCGGUAAGAAAAGUGUAGUGGUGCAGACGGGACAGAAGGCUGGCAGUGCUGACGAUCUGGUUGGUAAAAAGAAUGCAUUGAUUCAAGCUGGUCAAAAGGCAAACGCUGGUGUGGAUCCAAGUAGUGGCGACGCACGACGGAAAACUAGAAGUGCAGCUGGACUCGAUUCGUCGAUCACAGAGGGACGCCGACGCCGUGGCUCCAGAGACAGCAAGUGACCUAUAGCAUGCGCUUCAAGUAGCAGAAAUGUAACUGAAGCGCAGUCAAUCAGUGACUAUAGUUUAGAUGGUUUCGGCGAAGAUACCACCACCACCGAUGAGGGCAACGACGGCGGCGAUGACGAUGAUGAUGAGGACGACGACGACGACAGCAGUUUGAGUAUGUCUGCGUUAGCGAUACCGAUGUAUUGAAGGAAUGGAGAAAAGUAGGAGAAACGAGACAAAGAUACAAAGUGAGAAGCCAGAAUGAUAAGUGUCUUAAAAAUAAUAUGCAAAACUUUGAAUACAAAAAAAAGGAAAAAAGUUAAAAAAAAAACAAAAACGAGAAAAAAGUAAAAUUAUGAAAUUUCUAAAUGAGUUAAGUUAUUCGACCAGAGAGUGUGUUAAUUUCAAUAAAAAAAAGUUUUUCUUCUCACACACGAAAAAAACGAAGAUCCAAAUUGAAUAUAAUCGAGACCAAAAUUUAACUUAAAAAAAAAAACUUUGAUUCAUACGCGAGAUACGAUGUGAGCUUAUCAUUUUUUGAUACAUUCUGCCCCCUUUUUUAUAUCAAGAACGAUUACCAGUAAGAAUUCUCUCUUUCUCUCUCUCACUCUCUAUCGUAACUGCAUCCACGUCGAUUUCUUUUGCGCCUGUUAAGUGGUAAAUCACAUGAACAAAUGUAAAAAAAGAAAAUUAAAUUUUUUUUCUAAAACAUUAUUUAGUCUUAUAAAAUGAUUGAUUUUUUCAAUGUACUACACAUUACACACAUAUAUUUAUGAAAUAAUUUUGUACAUAGUUUUCAUUCAUUCAGUGAGCAAUGAGAAAAAAGGAAAUUAAAAUUGUGAAACGAAAGCGAGACAGAACGGUUACAAAAGAAAAGCAAACAAAUCUCAGAAUUGUCUUUGAUUUUUUUUAUUAAACUUUUUAUUAACUUUACAGAAAAUGUAAAAGAAAAACUUAACAAAAAUUUUUUUUUCACAGUUUUAAUGUAAAGAAAAAUAAUUAAAACGAAAAGAAAAAAAAAAGAAUUUAUUUUCUAUCCAGAUAAGGUAUACACACACUAUAAAUAUAGAAGAAGAAAGAAAAAAAA